GUAAUGAAGAAUAUCAAUUCAGAAAAUCAUAAACUACUUUAUUUUCCAUUUUUCCUUAUGGUUUGGAUAAACAUGAUUUAUAAAAUUACGCAAAAAUCCAAAAAAUAUGAGGAAACAAAUUUGGUAUAUUAUUUUUUUGGCGUUUUAAAUUCUUGAAAUUAUUUGACGACAGAACUUGAAAUUACAAUUCUUUGAUAACGACAUAAGCGCACAAGUAAGUUCUUUCUCUGCAUCGAAAUCUCUGGUGAAGCUCUCAGUAUCUUCUCUCUAGCUCUCUCUCUCUCCGCGGAGUCUCCGAAGUUUCUCUGACAAAAAUGCAGUCGUCAACGUAUGCGGUAAAAGGAAACGCCGCGUUUGCGUUUCAGAAACGGUGCUUCUCUAACCUCCACAACAGAUCGGCGACUACUACCGGAAUUCGCUUAGCCACCGGCUCCUGCUUCACACCACUCCACUGUUCUGGUUCGAAAGCCAUGGGAGCGAAGCUUGCUCGCGCUGAAAACGAGAUCCAGAGCGUUAUGAGUUUAUCUUCGGUCAAAGCUCGAUCGGUCAGAGCUCAAGCCUCCUCUGGUGGAGAUGCAGAAGAAGCUAUACCUCUAAGAUCUGAAGGACAAAGCUCCGGGACGGUUUUGCCGUUCGUUGGUGUUGCUUGUCUUGGUGCUAUAUUGUUUGGUUAUCACCUUGGGGUAGUUAACGGGGCUCUCGAGUACCUUGCUAAGGAUCUUGGAAUCGCCGAUAAUGCUGUUUUACAAGGCAAGUCAGGAUGGAUUGUUAGUGCGCUGCUUGCUGGUGCAACGGUUGGUUCAUUCACCGGAGGUGCAUUAGCUGACAAAUUUGGACGAACAAGAACGUUCCAGUUGGAUGCUAUCCCACUUGCUGUCGGAGCUUUCUUAUGUGCAACAGCUCAGAGUGUGCAAACUAUGAUUGUGGGACGUCUGCUCGCAGGAAUUGGAAUCGGAAUCUCAUCUGCGAUUGUACCACUUUACAUAUCCGAGAUAUCACCAACCGAAAUCCGUGGAGCACUCGGAUCUGUGAACCAGUUGUUCAUAUGCAUAGGAAUACUUGCAGCUUUGAUAGCUGGAUUGCCUCUUGCAGCAAACCCUCUAUGGUGGAGGACGAUGUUUGGUGUAGCAGUUAUCCCUUCCGUUCUACUGGCCAUAGGAAUGGCUUUUUCUCCAGAAAGCCCAAGGUGGCUCGUUCAGCAAGGAAAAAUCUCUGAAGCUGAAAAGGCGAUCAAAACUCUGUAUGGUAAAGAAAGAGUGGUUGAACUAGUGCGUGACCUAUCAACCUCUGGCCAAGGUUCUUCUGAGCCAGAAGCAGGAUGGUUUGAUCUAUUCAGCAGCCGCUACUUCAAAGUUGUAAGCGUAGGUGCGGCACUCUUCCUGUUUCAACAGUUAGCCGGGAUAAACGCAGUUGUGUACUACUCUACAUCGGUGUUCCGUAGCGCCGGAAUCCAAUCUGAUGUUGCAGCCAGUGCCCUCGUCGGAGCAUCAAACGUCUUUGGCACUGCUGUUGCUUCGUCCUUGAUGGACAAAAUGGGAAGGAAAAGUCUUCUACUCACAAGCUUUGGUGGAAUGGCUUUGUCGAUGCUUUUGCUCUCUUUGUCCUUCACAUGGAAGGCUCUUGCUGCAUAUUCUGGCACCCUUGCUGUUGUUGGAACUGUUCUAUAUGUGCUGUCAUUCUCACUUGGUGCUGGUCCGGUACCGGCUCUUCUUCUUCCAGAGAUAUUCGCAUCCCGAAUCAGAGCAAAAGCCGUCGCUCUUUCUCUCGGCAUGCACUGGAUCUCAAACUUUGUGAUUGGACUCUAUUUCCUAAGUGUUGUGACUAAAUUCGGAAUCAGCAGUGUCUACUUGGGUUUCGCUGGAGUCUGCGUCCUUGCCGUCAUCUACAUUGCAGGAAACGUGGUCGAGACUAAAGGACGAUCACUCGAGGAAAUAGAGCUUGCGCUUACCUCUGGAGCUUGAAACUAAACAAAAAAAAGAAAAACCACUUUGUUUCAUCAUUGAACUUGUUAGUCUUUCUCUCUCUUUCGUUCGUUCUACUCUUCUUGCUUUUUAAUAACUUGUACAAUGGAGGUUGUUAUCAAUAACGAGAAAUCGAUUCAUCACUACAUAUUGGCUUUCCUUUCCCACCUUUCCUUAGCAUCUAGCCUGUUUCCAAUACAGCUUUUGUGGAAUCUUUAAUACUGUGACUGCUGUCUUAUGAUGAUCAUGCCGUUCUAAGGUAGAAGAAGAAGAAUCUGAUUCUUUCAAUUUCUUAAAGCUUUCGCCAUCUUCGAUUGCUCUGCUCCGAGAACUUUUGCUCUCUACAUGUUUCUUAUGGAUCUUUGAAUAGGCUUUUAUUUGCAUACGUCUCUUGUGUAGCUCCUGUAAUUUCGAAAUUUGUUUCUGAGUGACGUUGGAUCGAUUGAAAUUAGGUUGAAGAGACUCUGUUGACGCUAAUAACGCUUCUUUUCGAUUUUCGUCUGAGUUUCUGUCAAUUUUCUCUAUCGUCGCCGUGGUUUCUCCGUCGGCGUCCAUCGCUGGUUCUUCUUCGAGGAUUUUUAGAAUAAAACGACGUCGGAUUGGUCGUUUCCCACUUUUUCAGUUUUUUCUUUUACAUUACUCCCAUUUUCUGAAAAUACUGAAAUCAACCCCCAAAGUCACCCGAAUGUUUUGAAUUAAUG